CCCCCGCCGGGCUGAGACUGCGGACUAGAACCAGAACCAGAACCCGGACUUUAGUUCUGCCGGAGCUGCGGUUAUUGAUCAGUGAUCAGAAGUGAUCGGGGAUCGAUCCCGCGAUGUCGCGGCUGCUGGAGAGCCGCAGAGGAGACCGGAUGAAGGAGAUCAGCCUGAAGAAGGAGAAGGAGCGCCUGAAGGAGCGGGAGAAGGAGGCCCGGGAGCGGGAGAACCGGUCCAGCAACGGCCACCUCUUCACCUCCCUGAGCGUCUCGUCUACGACGCUGUGCUCGUCCUGCAACCGCAGCAUCACGGCCAAGGAGGCGCUGAGCUGCCCAGGAUGCAACGUGACGAUCCACAACCGCUGCAGGGACAGUCUGGCCAGCUGCGCCAAGAUGAAGCAGAGGCAACAGAAGUUGGCGUUGGUGAGGAACAGCUCCACCCUGCAGACCGUCGCCAUGCGGACCAAGACCCCCAUGAUGAAGGAGCGGCCCAGCUCGGCCAUCUACCCGUCCGACAGUCUCCGCCAGUCCCUGCUGGGUUCCAGACGGGUCCGGUCCGGUUUAUCGCUGGCCAAGAGCGUCUCCACCAACAACAUCGCAGGGGGGACGGAGGAGGUCGUGGGUCUCCGGAGGAUUCUGUCUCAGUCCACCGAGUCCCUGAACUUCCGGAGCAGAACUCUGUCCAUGGAGUCUCUGACGGACGAGGGGGAGUGGUGGUGGAGCCCCCUGCUGGAGGAGCUGCAGAACGAAGGCAACGCCGUCAAGGCCGACAGCUGGAGCAUGGCGGUGGAACCGGGAUUCCUACAGACGCUGCACAAGGACCUGAUCAAGCAGCAGGACGUCAUCUACGAGCUGAUCCAGACCGAGUUCCACCACGUCCGGACCCUCCGGAUCAUGGAGGGCGUGUACCGGCGCGGCAUGCAGGAGGAGGUUCUGCUGGAGGCCGGCGUGGUCCACACCAUCUUCCCCUGCCUGGACCAGCUGCUGGAGCUGCACUCCGGCUUCCUGACCGAGCUGCUGGGCCGGAGGAGGGACGGUCUGGUGGACGAGAGUAGCCCCAACUUCACCGUCCGGCGGCUGGGAGACCUGCUGCUGAAACAGUUUUCCGGCCCGGCUGCAGACGACAUGAAGAAACUUUACUCCGAGUUCUGCAGUCGACACCCCAAAGCUGUGAAACUCUACAAAGAUGUUCUGACCCGGGACCGGAGACUGCAGCAGUUCGUCAGGCGGGUUUGUCGGGGUCCUCUGCUGCGUCGUCAUGGCGUCCAGGAAUGCAUCUUACUGGUGACUCAGCGAAUCACAAAGUACCCCGUCAUCAUCCAGCGGAUCCUGGAGAACACCAAAGGUGAUGAAGAGGAGGCCGCCGCCCUGAGGAAGGCCCUGGUUCUGCUCAAGGACCUGCUCACCUCGGUGGACCAGGAGGUUCUGGAGCUGGACCGGGCCCGGCGGCUGCAGGAGCUGCAGAACCGUCUGGACCCGCGGACCCACGCGGAGCUGCGGGAGGGAGGAACGUUCCGGGGGGGGGAGCUGCUCCGGAGGAAGCUGCUGCACGAGGGCACGCUGCUCUGGAAGGUGCAGGGCUCCCGGAUGAAAGAUGUUCACGUCCUGCUGAUGUCAGACAUCUUGGUGUUUCUUCAGGAGAAGGACCAGAAGUUCAUGCUCGCAUCGUUGGACAAGCCCCCGGUCGUCUCCCUCACCAACCUGAUCGUCAGAGACAUGGCCAACCAGGACCGAGGGAUGUACCUGAUCAGUGACUCGUCCCCCCCUGAGAUGUACGAGGUUUAUGCUUCGUCCAAAGACGACAGGAAGACCUGGAUGAGCCUCAUCCAGAAGACGGCUCAGAGCUGUCCGUCCAGAGACGAGUUUCCUCUCAUCGAGACUGAAGACAAGGCUCUGCAGCGCCGUCUGAGAGCCGACAUCCAGCAGAAGGACCGGGAGGUUCUGGAGCUGCUGCAGGAACGGGCCACCCUGUUCUCGGACCUAGUGGAGGCCUCGGCCCGGGAGGGGGGGCAGGACCAGAACCAGGACCUGGUCUCGGUCCGGGCCUCGUCGGGCCGGAACCUGUUCAGGGCCGACACGCCCCACGCACCACUGGCGGAACCGCUGCUGCUGGCGGCCGUGGGAGAAGUUGACAGAUUGACGUCUCUGCUGUCGGACUCCAGCGUGAACAAAACCUCCGUAACCAACGGCAACCAGGAGAUCGGCAACAGGAACUCUGGUUCUCUCAACGGUUCUGUGAAGCUCAACAACUCCUCGUCAAAGGACAGAAACGGAAACCAGCUGCAGGAACGGACCCUGAACCAGGAAGUGUGUCAGCGAUUGGUCGGCCUGAGUACGCAGCUCCACGCCCUGCAGGCCGCGGUGAUUCGCCAGGACUCGAUCCUGGAGCUGUCCAUCAACACGUGCCCCGCCUCCUGCACCAGCGCUGGCUCCGCCCCCCCCGGGCCGCGCCUCCACCGCUCCAUGUCGCGCGACGCGGGGAUGGACGCUAGCGGCGACGCAGCGCUGCUGCAGCGGCAGGUGGAGCUGCUGCAGCGGCAGGUGGAGCUGCAGCAGGAGGAGCUAACGCGGCUACGCCUCAAGGAGGAGGAGUUUAAGAAGAAGGGGGCGGAGUCAGGCAAGAAGAAGAGGAACAAGAACAAGGAGAAAUCUGAGGCCAACAAGGGAGAACAGGCCAACAAGAGGCGGGGCAGCAAGGAGCUGGAGCUCCGCCCCCUCGCCCCAUUGGCCGUGGAGGAUCCGGUCGACCAGUUAGACGGAGUGGGGGAAGGAAGUGAGGGAGAGGAGGAGGAAGUGAUGAAGAUCUCUCCCCGCUCCGACAGCCCCAGAGACCUGCAGGACAUCCCAGAGGAGAGCGAGAGCUAAACUUCACCUGGAACCGCGACCUCAGGGACCCGUGAUGUCACCGUGAUGUCACCGUGACGUCACUCCUAUCAUCUUACUGUCAGACUCUGAGCCGGAGAUGAUGUCAUUUCCUGUUUCACACCAAACCAGGGGCCAAACUCAGCCGGAGAUGAUGUCACUUCCUGUUUCACCAAACUCAGCUGAACCUUUUUCCUUCUGAAUGUUUCUGUUACUAUAAACUGGAGCCAUGUGACCAGUUUACAACAUCCUGUUGCUGGAGCACCGCCCACAUCCGGCGGAGUGGGCGGGGCUUACUAAAAGGGAGAGGCUUCGAUGACCUCAUUAGAGGGGGGCGGCGACAUCAUGGGUGGGAGGAGCUUAUUGCGUCUCAGUUCAAAGUCUGCUUCAAACUAAUUAACGCUCCUCCCCCUGAGUAUCGGGGGUUAGGGGCGGGGCUAGGGGUCAGGCUCCUCCCC